GCAGCAGUUGAGCCACAUCACCGCGAAGCAUGACAUGACGAACGUCUUCGCGUCAGUGGAUCAUCCCUACAUCGACGCUGCAGUGGACAAGAUAUGCUUCCCUGGCGAUUGCGCGAUCAUGAAAGGCAGACAUCGUCGAGCAGCAUGUGUGACCAGCGACGGUAUCGACACCCAGGGCUACCAGAACACUGUGGGCUCAUUCAUUGGUGAUGCCGACGCUGCGAUAAAGUUCCGCGUGUCUUUCAUGCCGCCCACUGCUGCUUGGAAUGUUGCACUUACUAUUGGUGCGAGCGCCUCGAUGAUUGCGGGGUGGGAGUUCACUGGGGCCAACGUAGACCCUGGCGUUCGCAAGUGCGCCGACGACCUGACCGAGACUCACAUGUGUGGCGACGCGCAGAUGGCGGCCUACGAAGUUCAGAACUCCGACCUGAUAUUGAACGACAAGCCGAGCAUGAUUGGUAUUCACGUGCCCUACAUUAUCGUAAG